GAAGGGAGCUGCUGCUUGUCCGGUGUCAGAUCCGGGUCCUGGUCCCGGUGUACUGAGCUCCGGACCCGCUUCUGUCGAGUCCUGCUGCUCCGCAUCCCGCAGCAUGGGCGGCGGGUCGGGCUGGAGAUAAACACACAGUCUAAGGACUGUUCUGUCAGGCUGUGGUGACUGAACUGAUGCCGCUGUAUCCCAUCAGCUGACUCUGACUAGCACCAGCUAUGGCACCCCCAUGGACUUGGUUCCCUUGGGCGCACUGCCAGAGCAGCGGGUCUCCCGGUCCGGGCAAGGAGAGGGAGAAGCGCUGGGCUGAGCUGUUCGAUCAGCUGGACCUCAACAAAGAUGGACACAUCGACAUCAGUGAACUGCGGGCAGGGCUGGCAGGCCGGGGGCUUACCAAGGGCUCCCUGGAGAGGAUGGUGAAGGCUGGGGACACCAACCAGGAUGGAGUGCUGGACUUUGAAGAGUUCACGCAGUAUCUUCGCGCUCACGAAAAACAGCUUAAAAUCAUGUUUCGUAACCUGGACAGAAACAAUGACGGUCAGAUAGAUGCGGCGGAGAUCCAGCACUCUCUCCGUGCCAUCGGUGUGAACAUUAGCCUGAAAGAUGCCACCAGGAUUUUGCAAAGAAUGGACAAAGACGGUACCAUGACCAUCGACUGGGAUGAGUGGCGGGACUACUUCCUGUUCAACCCUCUCAGUAACAUGGAGGAGGUGGCACGCUACUGGAAACGCUCAAUGAUGUUGGAUAUCGGUGAGCAGCUGACAGUCCCAGAUGAGUUCUCUGAGGAGGAGAAGAAGUCUGGCUAUGUGUGGCGGCAGCUGAUGGCUGGAGCCAUGGCUGGGUCUGUGUCUCGGACUGGGACCGCCCCCUUAGACCGGCUCAAAGUCUUCCGGCAGGUUCACGGCUCCAGUGAUUUCAAAGGGAACGUGCAGAGCGGUUUUCGGUACAUGGUCAAUGAAGGAGGACUGCAGUCAUUGUGGAGGGGCAACGGGAUCAAUGUUCUUAAAAUUGCCCCAGAAACUGCUAUCAAGUUCACAGCUUAUGAACAGAUCAAGACUGUGAUGCGUGGCAGUAAUGAAAGAAAUCUGAGGGUUCAUGAGAGGUUUGUUGCCGGCUCCCUGGCCGGAGCUACAGCUCAGACUGCCAUCUACCCAAUGGAGGUGCUGAAGACCCGUCUCACGCUAAGAAAAACAGGCCAAUACUCAGGAAUAGCAGACUGUGUCAGACAGAUGUUACAGAGAGAGGGUGUCCCGGCCUUCUACAAAGGCUACUUACCCAACAUGCUGAGUAUUGUCCCUUACGCUGGCAUCGACCUGGCUGUCUAUGAGACUCUGAAGUUUUCCUGGCUGAACAGGAACAGGGGUUUAGCUGACCCGGGGGUUAUGGUGCUGGUCGGCUGCGGUGCCGUCUCCAGCACCUGCGGACAGCUGGCAAGUUACCCGCUGGCACUGAUCCGCACCCGAAUGCAGGCACAAGUUUCGGUGAAGGGAGCCCCUAAACCCUCCAUGUUGGCCUUGCUCCACAACAUCGUGACCCAGGAGGGCGUGGCCGGACUUUAUCGAGGAAUCUCCCCAAACCUACUGAAAGUCAUCCCGGCCGUCAGCGUGUCCUAUGUGGUCUACGAAUACACAAGGAUACUCCUGGGAGUGGACAUCGAGGGUAGGAGGGGUGGGAAAGGGAAGGAAUAGAACAAGGUGACAUGGUUUGUAGUGGCUUUUAACUCCAAGCACGCACAAAUCUUUUGGCAUUGCAUGAGGAAACGGGCCCUGACUGUGGAUGAGAUGACUGGAUGGAGAAUGAACCGAGGAAGUAAAAGAAAAAAAACAAGAGAUCGUCAUGAUGUGUGACCUGGUCUGAACUGGCAGCUGCUGUGAUGAGUUUCAUGAGCGAAACUUUGCGUUGCAGCGCAUGCCGGCAGUUGUGUGAAAGCUAAUCAGCUAGCCUCCUGCUACUGCACUGACUUGACGGAUGAAGACUUGCAUGAACAUGCGUGAGAACGAGCAAAACCAGACAUGGGAGCAUUGUUACAUUCCUACAGCGUUAUCUUUUCUCCUAGGUGGUAUAUAGCGAAGAUAAAGGACUGAUAGGAGGACUGAACCUGUUUCUGGAGGGGAACCUGAAGCCGCUGGAGUUACAGAGGCACGACUUUGGCUAACUUGGCUUAAACAUGUGUUAUAGAUACUAAAGCAUAGAGAAAUUUAUAAAACAACACAAAGUUACUGAACUUUUGAAUGAGAACUUGAAUGGCUGAUAAGGAAAAAAGAAGAGACACUGUCAGUCUUCUCUUACCUGGAAGGAAAGCUGUGGAAAGCACACCAAUGGAUUUAUAUUUUACUGGAGUGAAACUGCCAAAGCCAUACUGAGAAGCAUUAAGGACUCAUAACAACCUCUCAUGCGAAAUGUUCAUAUUUUAUCAGUGUUCUCGGCUCAGAGACGUGUUUGUGUCUGUUCUCUCUUGCUUGAAAGACACUACAGGGUCCAGAGCCACAUAGUAUUUUCAUCAACUGUAUACGCACAAUGUCCAGGUUUAACACUCUGCUAAGACUUAACUUUAGAGCAAGAAACAACAACAAAGGAGAUUAAAUGCCAACGUACAUUUUUUUUAUGUUUGAGUAUUUAUUAUGGAAUGUGCAAAUAAAUGGAUGCAUGGUGCUGCUUUUGUUAAAUAAAUGCCUCCUUGAGCUUUUUUGCACUGAUA